CAUAGUUGCAUUCUUAAAUUUAACUAGAUUUGCUUAUCAAUCAUACGUGAUUCUGAUUAGUCAUAGCCUAGUGACAACUAAAAGUUUGACGAUUGAUCUGUAGAGUGCGUUCACAUCGAACCCUCUCUUUUCAAUUAAUAAGCGCUCGUAUGUUGGUUUCUUUUAUUUAUGCAUAACGUGACAUUCAUUAAAUAUGAAUUUUGAACUCGAUUUGAUAACCGAUUCGACGGGAAUGAGUUAAAAAUUCUUAUUCACGGUGCCAUAACUUGAAUGAAUGUAACAAAUAUUUUUUGUAUUCUAUAAUUCAUCGUUUUUCAAACCCUUAUCGAUUGUGACAGACGUUCAUCCGUGUAAACAGCAAGAAAUAUCAAGAGAAUAUGGAUUCUAUCGACGUUGACAUGUUUUCAUCGGAUGAUGAAAAAAUGGUAGAGUCUGUAUCCGAUAUUAACCCAGUAGAAGAAUGUCUUAAUAAGCAACUGCAUGAAGUGCAAGAUCACAUUAGAAGUACUAUGAGCGAAAUUAAGGAUGUCCAAGCGAUGACGGAAGGAGUACUUCAGCGCUUACACUCACGUACUUUACAUGGAGAAAGUGCGAGUUCUGAUUCUGACGUCGAAUGGUACACAACAGUUGGCAAGCCAGUCCUCAAGAAUAGCAGUGAACGCGUUAAGCGGCAGUCACUCGUUGUGAAGAGAACGUGGCAAAACGUCAUUGAUGAUCACUGGAUAUUAGGGGUAGUUCUUCGUAAUGCUACAAAGCGGACCCUACGCAAUCUCGGGGUUUACAUGACGACGAGGCACUCCGGGACCCUCUUCGUCGUGUCGACGUUUUGGGAGAAGGAAGAUGAACUCUGGACCAGAAUUGGGGAGAUCGGUCCUGGGAAAAAUGGAGUCCUGGCCACGGCCUUUUUGGACCUCCCGAAAUUCGACAGCUACACCAUGGCCGAGGCUUUUGGCGUGAUCAGCUACGAGGACGAGGAAAAGUUGUGCCAGCUCGUCGUCCCGAUCUUCCGACUGACAUCAGACGCCAUCGUCAGCGGUGCUUAUGCUUUAAAUUUCACCCAGGAAGCAAAAUACUCCGUCGUCGCCAUGAGGACGAUUUCCUUCGAGCGGGUCCUGGAAAUCGACAUAAAGGAUCAGAAGAGAUUUUCCCGAUUCCUGGCCCUUCUAACGAAAGCCUCCUUCGAGAAGGUCACUUCCACCUUAUACGUCGUCAAGAGUGACACGGCAUUGAGGAACAGCAUCGCCGAGGUCAUCUCGAAGACCGAUGACAAAGCGAGGAUCAGGAUGUCCACGAGACUCGAGAGGCUGCAGAAUGCGAUUUUGCAGAUACUUGGGGAAGAGUUCCCGGAGGUGAGAGAGGUUUUGCGAGCGGAGGAGAACAAUCGCCUUGAAGAGGCUGCGGCAGCCUUAGAGGAAGAACUGGAACUGCAUCUGAAGGACGCGCCCGAAUCAGAGCUUCAAAGGGUUAAGAUCAAGACCGACUUUCUGAUUCCAUAAAGUGGAUCAAGGAGGAUCGCUGUCGCGUCCACUUACCACCGAGGUCGGCUGUAAUCCUCGCAGAGGCUCUUCUGCUGGGUAAAUGUGGGUUCCACGACCACCAGCGGUUGCGGAAUCGCAUUAAGAAGUCAAACUCUGCAAUUCGCCCCUAAGGUCUACGCCUCGGGGAAGUCUACUUCUCAAGAUAAUCUAGACAAAGAAGAAGAGCUCGUGGAAACGCGUUAUUCAUUCCCCGGAGUCGAGAAUAAUUACCUUACGGCGUUAUUAAAAAAUUAUCCGGUAACCUGGGUGUAUAUUCCGAGGAAUGGCAAGGAACGAGGGGAAGGGUUCUAGACAAUAGGUAAAUUAUCCUGAAAUCAAAGAGGCAGUAAAAAAUCAAAUGAUUAAAUGUCAGGUCCACCCUCUCCUUGGGUCGGUCUGGGACAGAGGAAAGGGAAAGACCGGUGGAUUUUUGUAAUGAUUUAUUUUGUUAAACUAUAUAAAGCACAUUUUUAUAAUAGAUGUCGUGAGUGGGUGAGUGAGUGAGCGAGUGAGUGAGUCAGUAUGGACCUUCUGGGCACUUCUCCGAUAUAAAAUGGUCAUUUUUUACACAUCGAUACACUCGGAUCGUGGGUUGCGCAGUAUAUCGGUCUGCUGUCGGACAGAUUUUCGCCGCAAUUCCUCGCCUCCCGAAUUCUACGGUUUCGUACCUCCUUUCAAGACUCCUCGAUAAUGCGAAUUGUAUCAAAGGGCGAAAUGUCCCAGGGGAUGCCGAUGUAAUAAUUAAAUAGUCCCCUUAAAAAAAAAAACGUCCAGGGUCGCUCCUUCCGCCAGGACCAAAGGGAAUAUUUAUUAUAAAUCUGAAUAAGCAAAGAGAAGUUUAAUCAUUUAUCGUAUCGUUAAGAGUACUCGGAGAAGUGCGUUUGGAAAUUGGAGAAGUCCUCCGAAGAGGUUUGAUCACAAGGCAAAGAGAAUGACUUCAUUACAAAGGACGUGCAUCCUCUGAUUUCCAUUUUAACUGCGGUCAUUAUUUCCAAUUACGGCCGGAUUAGCUCUCUGUAACAUACCGAGCAGAGAGUCAUACCAUUACGUGGAUCCUGAAUAAUGCAUGCCCGACUGAGUUCAUCAUUCUUUCUUCCGGGAUGAACAUCUCAGCGGGGACGUAAUCACGUAAAUCGACUAAAAAGGUGUUUCAACCCUGAGAAAAAAAAAUAACUAGCCCGAAGAUUUGUCCUUUAAGAAAACCAGGGAAAGCCAGAAUCCUCUCGUUGCUCCCGCGAGAAAAGGCGAGCCUGGACAUUUUUCCAAUUUUCCGCUCCCGGGCUCUGGAAAUAUUGCUUUUCCGCCGUUUCCCGGAACAUCCUCUCGGGCAAAUGCAUACGAGAGGCGCGCACCGUGAACGUACAUUCGUGACUUAAUUACCGAAUAAUUUCCCCGUAAACGGUCCGCUUAAAUCCAGCCCAUUAAAGCCCGUCCAUACUUCUGUAAACAAUUACCCCUCGACAUCGAAGGAAGAUCAUCGCCGAUAAAAUAACAUUCCAGACGACUUGUCUAGGUCGAAAUUACCUGGCAAUUGAUUAACAAAUGUAACGAGCGCACAGUCGAAAAGUGCGCGAAGGGUGCACCGAGAGGGAGUUCCUGUACGAAGCGGUCCACCCCCGUUAAAUUUUCAGACUCCAAUUUCCCCCCGGCGCGAUAUUAAUUAAUUAACGUCGAAUCGAUAUCGCGUUAUGAAAAUCUCCCCUCCGGUGCACCCGAUGACAAUAGUUUCCGUAUGGAGCGGGAUUCUCGGCCCCUACCGUCGGAUUUUGAUUUUGUCAUACGUACCCCCUCCCUCUCCACCCCUUGGCACCCCUCGUCGUCGACCUCGAAUCUUUCCAAACUCCCUCGAAUAAUCGACGCAGCCCUAAUCGCAACGCCUCCGUUAUAAUUCUAGCCCCCAUUUAGCCCCGUCCUUAAGGGCGUCUUUCGAGAGUACCGAGCGACGACUCUCGACCUUAUCAGCCGGGCUCCGCGGUAGGCUUCACGUCCGGUCUCAUUUCCCGAAAAUUUCGAUUACUUUCUCCUAUUCCUCGGAUUCCCUACCUCGACCUCUUCGCUUCUAUAUUCUUCUUUUAUUUUUUUCUCUCUCUGUUUUUUUUUUCUUUCAUUUUUCUAGCCUUUUCUAGGUUCUCGCCAGAGUCGUCGCUCGCUCUCGCGAACGAUUAACAAUGAUCGGAACAGAAAAAUAGACUAUACCAGGCUCCGUGGACGCAACGCGGUGUCCUCGUUAGAAACUAUAUUAACAGUAGAUAAUCAUAAUUUUUACGACUAACAUUACAUUCGCUUCUUCUAUCAGCGGUAGGUUAGGGUAGAGCGGUGGCAUCGACAGACCUACUACUCGACGACGGUGUUGUUAAUUACGAAGUUAUUCAUCUUCUUCACUUCUUCUCUUUUUUUUCUCUUUUUUCCCCUCCCUUUAUUUGUUUUGUUUCAUUAUAGUCAUCGUCGUCGGCAAAGUCCAAACGGUCGUCCUCGUACGUCGACUUAGUCCGCGCGACGGCGAUUCGCGAGGCUUACCGGGGAUAAUUAUUCGGGUCUCAUUAGGUUCAAUUUCGACAAUUUCCACUCGAUAAGUCGCCGAUAGUUUUCCGGGGAAAAA